CGUAGAAAUAGAGCGGAUUCAGAAUUAUAUUUAUGGAGGUAGUAAAAAAUAUAAACAAGUUUAUUAUUAGAGUACUGAUGGUUGAGGCUGGGUCGCAUCGCUCGGCCGUGAAUUGUCCGAUGGUGGCGAUCUACCGAAAUACCCCCGCGUACAAAGGCCGGGAGACCGCACUUGCGGCGCGCGCUCGACCGCGCGACACAUCACGCCACAGACCUCACUCCACUCCACACCUGGCCACAACUGCUGAGACACUUCGACACACGUCGGCUGACAACUUAGGGCAUGGCGACUACGUCAAGAAGUAGAAGAAAGCAAGAAGAUGAGAAGAAGAGUAAGAAAAGACAAUCGCCGGUCGAUGAGCGGCCUGUGGUCCCCGCGCCGAGCGAAGCUAUGCUCAACAAUCUCCGCACAGCGUUCGGGCUGCUGGACCGCGACAGCGACGGGCACGUGACGCCCGAGGAGCUGCAGUUCAUGCUGCGGAACCUCGGCAUCGAGGUCAGCGACGACCUUAUCGGGGAACUCAUCACGGACGCCAGUCGGACGGGUAACGGGCUAAUAGAUGAGAACGACUUUAUGCAGUGGGUGACAAAAAUUCAGGCGGUUCAAGGGAUGGACGUCAGUAAUAGUGGCGGUGAUUCCGAAGAGGAAAUCACGAGGGACCUGCUUGCUGCUUUUAAAGUUUUCGACCGCGACAACAACGGCUACAUAACGCGAGACGAGCUACGGAGCGCGCUCGAGAUCAUCGGCGAGCCGGUCACGGACGCGCAACUCAACCAGGUGCUCGCGCUCGGAGACAUCGACCACGACGGCCGGAUCGACUACGAGGAAUUCGUGAAAAUGCUGUUGUAACUUCGUGGAAGGAAGACCUCACUAGAGAUUAUGUUAUGAGAAUAUA